CAGACAUGGAAGCGCCAGGUGAAGACCUCCACAGAGGCUGAGCGCUGAGCACUCGCUUCUUUCCCACCGUCGUCUGUCUCCUUCGCCCGGUGCAUCCGGCCGAUCCGCAUCCGCCCGGCGUCACGUUCACGUCUACGGCAUCCGGAGCCUCGUCUUCCUCUCCGGUGUGUGUGGUAGCCAGCGAUCACCCAAACCGAUGAGGAUCGGCUGAUUGAGAUAAAAAUCAAUCUUUUUUUCUUAUUUUGCCAAGCGGAAAGAAUGUCGGAAAGGGCCGAGGAUGACGUCAGGGGGGAGCUGCGCCGAGCGGCCAGGCAGCAGCUGAAGCAGCAGCAGCAGCAGCAGCAGCAGCAGAUCCAGCGGGGAGAAGGCUCCACAGCAAUGGCGACUGUUGCGGAGCGGAGGUCCCUGCCGAGUCCGGAGACAAUGCUGGGACAGCCCUGGAGCAGCUGGCUCGACGCCGCCAAACUCCACGGCCACGACGGUGCGGAAUCGGAGGAAAGUUUCAAAGACUUGGGGAGAAAUCGAGAAGCCAUGCGUUUGUGCAGAGAAGACAUGCCUAUAUUUGGCCAGUGUCCCGCACAGGAUGACUUCUACCUGGUGAUGUGCAACCACUGUGGCCAAGUAGUCAAGCCCCAAGCCUUCCAAGCACACUACGAGAGAAGACACAGUUCAGCCAGCAAGCCAGCCUCCACCUCGCCCUUCCCCGUGUCGGGCAGGAACCGGAGCAGCACCAGUGGGCUCGGGCCUGGGCUGGGCUCGGGGUCUGCAGCCGGAGCGGUGACUGGAGGCAUCCUGGGUCGACUCUCAACUGCUGGAUCCGGCUUGACGUCCUCCUCGACGUCCUCCAAUCCCAAACUCCUCAAACCAGCCAAAGAGAAGCUGCCAGGCAUUCCGCGAAGACCCCCGUUGACACCCUUCAGAAUGCUCCAGCCGGACAAGACACACCUCACCCCGGCUGUCAAGGUGGAGAAGAUGCACCUGAGGGUGGACUCGUCCGCUAAGCUGGUGCAGGCCCCACCUGCCCCCACCACCACCUCAUCCUCCUCCACAUCCUCCUCUAGCACCACUGUGAGCUCCAACACUACCACCAUCACCACCUCCUCCUCCUCAUCAGCCCUUAAACCAGGCCUUAACUGUCCCUCCAUACCAAAGCCUCCAUUACUGGCCCCGGGUCAGAUCCCCAACGGCAAGGGCCACCUCUCGGACAAGAAGCAGGACAGCAGCAGCAGUGCCAGUAGCAGACGCCACAUCAGCAAGAAAGUGACAGAGUUCAAUCCAGAUAUCCACUGUGGCGUUGUGGAUAUUACAGCUCGGAAAACAUGCACAAGAUCUCUAACAUGCAAGACACAUUCCUUAAGCCAGCGGAGGGCGGUGCCAGGGCGGAGGAAGCGCUUUGACACAUUGCUGGCGGAGCACAAGAACAGAGCAAGGGAGCGGGAGAGGGAGAAAGAACCUCACCAACCCCAUUCCCAGCAAAACCCCCCUCUCAGGGACCCACAACCCCCCUCGCACCUCACCACCGCCCAUGACCCCCACCAGGUGGCUCAUGGCAACGGUCCUGCCCAAGACGCCACUAAGCCUUUGCCACUCGGCAAGCCCAAAUUUCACAGCCCUGGUCUUCCACGACUAAACAGCAGUCACGGAGGUGGCCCCCACGGAGACACUGCGGUGGUCCAUGAGUCACCACAUCAUAACCCCCAAACGGCCCCUGACGGGUUAUCCCGACCCUCGAGCGAUGAGGGCGAGAAUGAGGAGCGGGAGGACAAUGCUGACAAACUGGACUGUCACUAUUCAGGUUACCACCCUCGACCGGCAGCUUACUGUACCUUUGGAAGUCGACUGUUUGGAAGAGGCUUUUACUCGUUUGACCGGCGAUGGGACAAAGUGCGAUGUGCCCUUACCACGAUGAUGGACAAGCAUGUCAACUCUCAGAUGUGGAAGAAAAUCCCAUUGGCCUUGGAGAACUCCUCCUCUGUUGCACCUACCCAUAGGACAAGCACAAAUUCCCAUGGUAGCACUCCUUCCUCAGGCUUCCUGGGCCCCCCUGCCACCUUGCCCCAGACUCCUUAUAGCCAAUGUUAUGAGGGCAAAUCAGUGCUCUCCUAUGGGACCACCUUAAAUGCCCGUAGCUCCCCACAGGGCGGGGCUGAGCACCCGGCCUACGGCACCACACAGGCCCGACAAGUGUCUUCGUUGCCGCAGAUGCCUUCAGCCCACUCGUCCUCAUCCUCCUCUUCUUCAGUUUCAUCCCUAGCCUCAGGCCGGGCGCUCAAGUCCCGCUCCUCCAGCAGCAGCACUACCAAGUCAUCAUCAUCCUUCAGGCCCAAGGAGAUCUCCUCUGGCUCCUCCACACCUGUCCUUCCCAAUGCCACUGGUGGGGGCACCAGCGCAGCCAACAUUAACAGUAGCAGCACUAGUUUCAGCUCGGGGAAGAAGAGGAAGAACAGCUCUCUCCUCUCCUCAUCCCACGGCGCCUCUGAAUCCUCCGCUUCUAAUGCCAACUACUCUUCCUCCUCCUCCCCUUUCAAGAAGAACUGUGCAAAUGUCAGCAGCUCAGGGAGCACCCACCACCACCACAGCUCAUUAGGUUCUUCAUCCUCAUCGUCGUUAUCGUCCUCCCACAGCGGUGUCCACAGCGUGGGGCUCAACUGUGGCCCCACCGUGCGGACCAACUCGCUUAGCCUCAAGGCCGAGCCGUCUGGAGGAGGUUCAGCAGGCGGCUCCUCGGGGCCCCCUGCGCGAGGUCCUCCUUCGGGCAGCCCCGCAGAAUCUAUCAAGCGCAUGAGUGUGGUGAUGAACAGCAGUGACUCCACCCUUUCCCUGGGGCCCUUUGUCCACCACCAGUCCUCAUCUGACCACCACACCAGCUUCAGCCACCACUCCUCAGACGGGCGCCUGGAGGGCAAGAAGCGCAAAAGCUCUCCUGUAUCCAGCAGCAUUAAUAGUGGAGGAGGGGGAGGGGGAGGGGGAGGAGGAGGUGGAGGAGGACCUGGUAGACCCAAAGUGGCCAAGUCACCUGCCAUUAACAACAUCCAUGGGAAACAUGGGCGGAGCAUUCCAGGGACGCAAGGGCUGCCCAACAACUCCCAUUUACAUCAGCCAAAGGCUCGUCCCUGACAGCGGUGUCUGGCUUCAAGUGUGUGGAACCGACACACGGACAGGGAACGAUCCGGAGCGGUCCGUCGGCUGCUCUGGACUGCACGAGGCCUUUUAAAAAUCCAACCCACAUUACUCUCAGCUUCCCACAAUCCUCAGGGUGGAGAUGAUCUGGACUGCCCAGUGAAGUCAAUGUGGUCCUUACUAAUUCUCCCAAAGCCAUGUGUGUGCGUGUGUGUAUGGGUGUGUGUGUUGGGCAUGGUGGCACUGUAUGAGGUUAGGAUAGCAGCAUGGGGCAUCAGGGGUCCAAAGAGCGAGCCAAGGGACCCCGCCCCCCGCCCCUUCCACGCAAGUAUAGUCCUAGUAUUGUGAGAGGUCUUCCUGUCUGGUUGGAUGUAGGAGAAACUAUAGCAGCAGCUAAGUGUCUCUUGAACUGGGGUUCGAAGCUCAUGGGGUUCAGGUUUAAGGGCUGCCACGACGAGCUGUCAUGAUGCCGAGCAACUGGGGGGAGACAGCAAGCCGAUCUCUUCCGCGCUCGCUAAACGAAUGUGUGUGUGAAUGUGCGCGUGUGUGUGUUAAGAGUAUUUUUCUCAUGUCAGAUUCUGCUGGACUACUGGAAUUUCCAACUUAAUGACACCCCCAGCGCCUGAUCUCAGAGGCCUUGGAAGAAGAGCAGGAGGAGGAGGAGCAGCAAGAUGUUACUCGCAAACACCUCUAACAACACACAAUCUCCUUGUUGUUUCACUUUUACAUUAGUCUGACUCUCUUUGGCGACACGUCGAGUGACCUCGGGCCGCACGCAGUGGCACCGAGACGAACCCGAAAGGACGAUCUGGUCAAUUCUUUUAUUACCCAGAAUAAUUAUGCAAGUGUUACUUUUAUUUUAUGAUUUCUUAUGAGCUUUUUACACUGAACUACAAAGAGUCUUUGUAGACGUGAGGAAGACGGUAAUGCUUUCAAAUGUGAAAAGGACGCCUGAUGUGCCCAUUGGAUUGAAUCUUUUGUCAGAGAAGAUAGCCUAGCGUUGAGGACACCUUUGUCUGAAUCAUGUCAUUGUGCAGAACGAUCGCCACAGUAGACCUACGCCCAACUGUGAACGGCACUAAAUAACUGCUCCCUCCACAGGCACUGCUUAGGUGUCCACACGGCUCGCCAGAAGCUGCUAUCAGCUUUGCCAACUCUCUUUUUUUUUUUUCCCCCCCUAUCAACUAUGAGGUGGGCCAGGCUGCUCAAGAAGCGGUGAUGGUGCAUUGCCAGCUUACCUAUUCUUUUACCCUCACAGCUGUGUAAAACCCACAGCUGCUGACGGGCAGAUGUGAAUUGUAACGUUUUAUUAUUAUUUUUCCCUACAUAGGGAAUCAGGUAUGGUACGUCUUAACUGGAACAAAACUUUAUGCACAUCACCUGUCUUCUGUGGGUAUGAUUGUCCCUCCUCUGUGUAACCACUACCCGAGCUCCUGGAUGUUAUCGAGUUCCAAUGCCUCACUGUAAAAACUACUCUGGCGUGUGUCGAAAAAGAGACUAGUCCCAGUAGAACAGAUAGCCAGGCAUUAUCCUCUGUUCCUUUUUGUCAAAAUGGAGUCUUAAAUGAGGCCAUACCUUCCCCGAUUUCACAUUGGGAUGUUUGCUUACCUUGCGUGGUCUCGAGUGGGUUUUUAAAAUGGUGCGAGAUUCAUGGAGAUGGCUUCAUAGGACAUUGAACUUUUGGCAUCGCCUGUUUUAUGGAAGCUCCACUGAUGUCAAGAUAGUGUGGAAAAGUAGACAAUUUUAUUUUUAAGAAUCCUAGUUUUAGCUUCUUUUUUUUCUUUUCUUGUAGCCUAUGUAUCAAACAAGUAUUGAAGUAUCCCUAUUUGAGAAUACAUAUUUUGUUAACAAAUUGUACAUAGUGAAAUAUGUAUUUUUUUGCACAGGCAUUUUUCGUACAAGCUAAAAAUUUUGGUACAGCUGGAAAAAAAAAAGUCAUUAUUUAUUUAGGGGGGAAAGAGAUGAGAAUCAGAGAAGUUGACUAUUUGAAGUGGUUCACUGCCGAGUCUAUAUAAUGCAAUACGCCUAUAUGUAGAAGCUGAAGCAUCUCAUGAAUCGUGUACUGAGGUCCUUUAAGGAACAGCGGUGCAAGUGUCGCCACUGUAGCGUGUGUCUGUACGACAGAGGAUACCUUUAUUCACUUUUCAAGGUCUCAAUCACAUGUGCUUUUACAAGACAUUUUACGUUGCCUAGGAAUCAACACAACAAAAAACAAUUUGCUCUGUGACCCAGUUAGCCUGUGAUUUGAAAACGUGCUGCAGGCUCGACGCUGUGCCCGUUGGCUAACUCGUUUCCAUGUACUCUUGAGACACUUUGUAGACCACGAUUGAAACACUUGUUGAUUUAUGACGGCUGAAGGGGACUUCAGCUGUCGUCGCAAGGAAGAGGAACCCUUCAGACAGUCCAGCUGCUCGCAUCAUCGUUGCCAAACAAGUUAUUUGAAAUCACAGCUUUUAAAGAAACAUCAAAUUAAAGAAAGUGCCUGAAUUUGUUUCACCAUGACUGUUCGAGGACAGUAUUCUUUGGGUUGUUUUACCUUACUUGAAUGUUCUAAAGUGUUUAGGAGUUUGCUUUUAAAUCUGCCUAAGAACCCUAAAUGUGGUAAAACCUGAGCUCGACACCUGCCCAGUAGGAAAGUGUUUUUUGUUUUGUUUUUUUUAAAUCAGAGUUUUCCAGACAAGACAUUGAGAUUUUCAGUCGGCCUCAGUGUGUGGCUUUGGUCCCCUCCGGUUUACUGGGAUUUGUACACAAGAAUCUUCGAUCAAGUGUUUUGUUUACCCUCGAACUCAACUGACAUCGUGACCAUUGUUUCCAGUACAUGGAAACAUUUGCGAGGAUGUUUUGUUUUUUUAAUCAGCACCAUAGACUUGGAAUGUGAAAGAGAGAAUACAGCUCGUAUCUGGGAGGUAAAAAAAUAAAUCCACCAUUCAUACUAUGUAAAAGUGUAUAGAUUUCCUUUUGUAUACAUUAUCAGAAUCAUUUUCAGCUGGACUUGCGUAUUGGCUGCUAUGUAAUUCAUGAACAAAACAUAGGUUAGAAUUAAUAUUUAAAGAAAAAAGAUUGUAUAGUAUAUUUGUUUUGUAACAAGUUUCUGUAAAUAAAAUAAUUUAUACUGCUAUUUAUAUGAAA